UUUUGGUAAUCCUCUUUCCUUGAAAAGGAACAGUCGGAUCAGUCACCACACUGCGCUGCAUACGCCAGGAAGCGUAAAUAUAACCUUUCUCAUACUAACAAAGAACGACUCAGCAGUGAAGGGAUUUUCACUUUGGAUUGCGCUGUUUAAUGCAUUUUUUGUCGAUCAUUUAGUUUAGCCAUGGCACUGUUUGAGAAAACGUCUCAUUCAGUAUUGUACGUGCGUAAAUUAUAAAGAGCGCGUUUUACGCACAAACCGAAUGGAUUCAUAGUGUUAGUUCUUCUUAUUAUUAUCGCUAUUAUUUGCUUGUAGGGAUCCCCCGCAGGUAUGUUAUCACUUUUUUGCGGUUUUGUAAUGUUCUGCGCACUGGGGUGCCGGCACCAAGCCGGCGCUCAAGCGGACGACGGGAAGCGGUACAUUUGCCGAGCGGUGCCCCUCGUCGGCGACACCAGCUGCCCGGUGACCUUAUUACCCGAAAUCAACAACAACGGGGGACAGGAAGAGGAGCUCCGCAACACCGUCAUGCAGCUUCGAGAGACUAUCCUGCAGCAGAAAGAAACCAUUUCCAAACAACUCGGCACCAUCAACGAGCUGACCACCAAGCUGUCCCUUUGCGCAUCAACCAGCGAUGAUCGAAAGUACGAAAAAGGGGCUCCAUGGGGCAAGCUGAAGCAAAACACAAUGGGAGACGUCCCCAGAGAUCCAUAUGACACUGUGGAGAAUCUUGGCAAAACAAUGCAGGGGCUCAAGGACCGGCUGGAGAACCUGGAGCAACAGCAGAUGCGGGCCAACAUAUCCGGCGCGUCCUUCCCCAGCGAGCUGCGUGACUUGCUGCAGCGUCGCCUGGUCGAGCUGGAGAAACAGCUGCUGAGGAAAGUCAGUAACCUGGAGGAGGAGAAGAGCAUGCUGUCCAACGCCACGGCGGCGUACCGGCUGAAGACGGAAAGUACGCUCAACGCCCUGGUGGAGAGGAUAAGUGAGCUCGAGAAAGGAGGGGAAGACUUCAAGACCCCUGAGCAGUUCAAGAUCUCCCUGCCGCAGCGUACAAACUACUUGUAUGGUCGCAUCAUCAAGAGCCUACCCGAGAUGUACGCGUUCACGCUUUGCAUGUGGAUCAAGUCCAACGCCUCUCCGGGCAUCGGGACGCCUUUCUCCUACGGUGUGCCCGGACAAGCCAAUGAGAUUGUGUUGAUCGAAUGGGGCAAUAACCCAAUUGAGCUGCUCAUCAAUGACAAGGUCGCGCAGCUGCCGUUGGAGGUUCGUGACGGAAGGUGGCACCACAUCUGCGUUUCCUGGACCACCAGGGAUGGACAGUGGGAGGCCUAUCAGGAUGGGGAAAAGCAAGGGGCAGGAGACAACCUGGCAGCGUGGCACCCGAUUAAACCGGGAGGGGUUAUCAUCCUGGGCCAGGAGCAGGACGUUGUAGGUGGACGCUUUGAUGCCGGUCAGGCCUUCGUGGGAGAACUGAGUCAAGUCAAUAUCUGGGACCGCGUUCUGAAGCCAGCCGAGAUCCAGUCGAUGGCCAACUGCACGUCGUACUUGCCCGGUAAUGUAAUCUCAUGGCUGGCGAGCAAUGUGGAGGUGUUUGGGAGGGGAGCCUUCAAGAGGCCCUUGGAGAUGUGUCUGGAGCGUCUGCCUAAUACUUAAACGCAUCUCAUCUGCCAUUGUUGUUAAUUAGCUGCUAUUUCCGUGCAUUCAUUUCAUUUCUAAUUGCUGUGAGACCGUUUAUGGAAGCUGUGAAAAGCAACGUUGUGAGUGGGGCAUAGAACACUUGGAUGUGAAAAUUAGGUAACGCUCUUAGGGGCUGCUUGCUUACUGUUUUUGCUACCUGGUGUCAAGUCAGCCUAUUAUAACUCAUCCAUUCCCGGAAGCUUUGGACACAAACACACACACAUAAAUAUUGUCGAACCUCGUUUCAACGUACCCCGUUUACGGUCAUAUUUCAAAGUCCCGAUUUCACGUAAUCCAUUUGCCGCUUUUGCUUACAACGAACAUCUCGAUUACGUAAAUGACAUUAUAAUGACCAGAUUUUUUUCCCCGCAAAAUAGUGAAAACCGCCUUCGCUACAACGAACCGUGUCAAGCUAACCGCGACAUUGCUUAGGAACAAAACAAACAGCACGGGAUUUCCCUCUGUUGCUUAGCAACGCUACUGAUCGACUCGGUACGUUGUUGCACUUUCUGCCGUAACUCGCGGAGGCACGGCGCGGUUCUGAGCACGCAACCGCUGUUGCGUGCCGGGCGGGAGAAAGCAGGAGAGAAGAUUAUCUUUAAGGUUCUGGCUCAUGUUAUGUCUAUUGCUUAACGGGAGAAUCGGAUUGGAGCCAAAAUCAAUCACAGGUUGUAUCCUGACACGAUUAGUUUGGAAAACCUUUCUCUUCGAUUGACACUCUAUGAGGUGGGGGGUUAGGGGGGAAUCGAUGCUCUUGGUAUGGACAUCAGUAAUAAAUCUAUCACAGUGCUUUUUUUUCCCCUCUUUGCCUUGUCUAUGUGAACAAAACUUGUUAAAUGUAGUUUUGUAUUCAGGAUAUGAUUUUUUUUGUUUUAUUGUGUAUAGUUGCAGCGUGAUUAUUAGCACUGGUAGUUGUCUACUUUUGAUGUAUUUAUUUGUGGUAUGUGUCGUAAUGUACACGUGCUGUCCUGUUUUUCUAUGGCUGUUUUGCAUGUUAAACUCUUCCGAAUUGUUGAUGUGGCCUUUAUGGGGACUCGAGUGCCAACGAUUGUUUUGUUUGUAAUACAAAUGAUGUUGCCAUGAUGUGUGCUUAAUAAAAUAAGAGCAGCUGCUUAAA